AUGUCUACAUUAGAAACUGUUGAACAAUAUAUGUCAAUAUAUGGGCCAUUUAUUUUAACUACUCUUGGAAUAAUCGGUAAUAUACUUUCUAUCUUAAUAUUUUUAUCGCCACGAUACCGUAGACAAUCGUCAUAUUUCUAUCUAUUAUCUCUUGCUUUAUCUGAUCUUUGUUUUCUUAUUAUAAAUCUUUUCGAAGAUACAUUUCGUAAUCAUAAUCAAUUAUAUCAAUCCCGUAUAAACUUUCUUGAUCGUAGUCCAUCUUUUAUUUGUAUACUUGUUCAAUAUGCAAGAAGUGAAACACGAUCUUUAUCAUCUUGGAUUAUUGUUUCAUUUACUAUUGAACGUCUUAUUGUUGUAUUUUAUCCAUUAAAACGAGCGAUUAUUUGUCGUCGUAAAAUUGCACGUUUUGUUGUUUUUCUUCUUUUUAUAACAACUCUUCUAUGUAACAUAAAUGUUCCAUUUCAUUAUGGAAUAAUCAGUUUACACAAUCCUCUACAAAAUGAUACUAUUUGUGAUAUAUUACCAAAAUAUCGUGCAAUCUAUAUGAGAUUUGCUAUAACGACAAUGAUUCUAGUUUAUUUGCUACCAAUGUGUAUUAUUGGUAUUGUUAAUAUGCUUAUUUGUUGUAAACUUUGGAGAAACAGUUUAAUGCUCGAUAAAUCUGAAGAUACCAUAAGCACAACUGAACGACAUCAUGUAUAUCCAUCUUCUGUUCCUUCUUCUCAACAUUCAUCUUAUUUUUCGGAAUUUUUAUCAUGUAUACAUUUAUCAGCAAGAUCAUCAUCAUCUAUUGAAUCAAAAAAAUUACCAAAAGGACGCAAUACACCACUUGAUCUAUAUCAUUCAACUGGAAAAUUAUUAAAUAUAAAUAAAAAUCUAUCACUGGGUAAUGGUUCUCCAGAUAUUGAAAAUAUUGGAUCGCAUAGAUCAUCGCGUUCUUUAUCGAGUGCUUCAGCGAACUUUUCUCUUCAAACAAAAUAUUCAGUAAGUUCAGCUAAAAAUCAAAUUCAUUCAAGAACACAACGUGUUACAGCAACUUUAUUACUUGUAUCAUGUUCAUUUCUUUUAUUGAAUUCUCCUUAUUGUGCAGUAUGGAUUGCUAAUUAUGUUCAUGGUUUUAAAAAUAGUACAUUGAAGUCUAUUAAAGAAAUAACUGAAUUAUUUAUGUUAACUAAUUUUUGUAUUAACUUUUUGUUAUAUUGUGUCAGUGGAAAAGUUUUCCGUAGUGAGCUUCUUUGUUUACUUCGUUGUCAAUGGAAAGAAUUAUAUGAUAGAUAUGAAGGUGAACGUAAAGUACAGAGAAAAACUCGUUCAAAAGUUGAAAUUCAAUUAAAUGAAAAAAAAUUCGAAAUCCGAGCGUCUUGUCUUCGUCGAAAUGACCAACAACGUCAUUUAACUGCAUCUUCAUUGAAAAAUUCCAAAUGCUUAAUGAAUCAAAGAUCAUCACGAUGA